AUGCGGACGGCGCUGCUCGUCGCGCUACUCUGCUCCGCAAGAGCGACAAAACCCGCCGCGCCCUUCGACGUCGCGGACGAGGCCGCCGCCGCCGCGGGCCUCGAGUGCCCGGGCGCCGACGUCGCCGACGUCGCCGCGCGCGUCGAAAAGCUCGGCGCGAACGCGUCGACCGCGGCCGUGGAGCGCGUCCUCGAGGCCGCGGUCGCCGCGAGCGCCCACGCGCGCGCGCACCGCCGCGUCGCGCUCGCCGCGCUUCCGGCGCCGGCGGCCUCGCUCGCGCUCGACGGGGUGCUCUACCGGGGCGCCGUCGCCGCGCACGCGGCCGCCGUCGCGGCCGUCGACCGCAAGUGCGGCGGCGGCUUCCCCGUCGCCGCCGAGGCGCGGCUCCUCGCGGCGCUCGGCGCGGCCGUCGACCGCGCGUGCGGGGUCGACGGCGCGCCGCCGCUCCUCGCGCGGCUCUGCCGCUUCCGCAAGACCCAGGAACGCGCGGUCGUGCAGGCCGUCAACGCGCUCGCCGAGGAGUUCAAGGUGAAGCUCCGCUACGCCGUCGAGGCGCGGAUCCUGAGCCAGGGCGGCACGGUCCAGUCCAUCCUCCGCGAGGCCUUCCUCUUCUGGGACUCGGACGCGUCCGGCGAGCUCAACGUGCGCGAGUUCAUGGGCGCCAUGAACCGCGUGGGCAUGGACAUGAGCGAGAUGCACGCGCGGCAGAUCGUCCGCUACUACGACCGCAAGGGCAACCGCGGCCGCUUCGGCGACGGCGAGAUCCACUACAUGGACCUCGUCGACGAGAUCGCCAAGGCCGUGCCCCACUUCAUCUCCCACCCCGUGCCCAAGCGGGCCGCGGGCCCGCCGCCGAGCGCCCGGGCCGACGGCGACGUCGCCGUCGCGCUGCCGCCGUCCAUCGCGGAGUCGAAGGACCGCCUGAGGGCCGCCGUGCUCCGCGCCGCGCCCAAGACGCGCGCCGCCAAGGGCGGCCAGCCCAUCCCGCCCCGGGACCUGCUCCACGGCACGCUGCUGCGCAUCGACAAGGCGGGCUCCGGCGCGGCGACGGCCAAGGACCUGGCGAGGCUCGCGCGCGAGCUCCGCGCGCCUCUCAACGACCGGGAGCUCCAGGCUGUGCCGAAACCAACCACUGGUUUGGGUGCUCGGCUCCGGGAGCUCGUGACGUGGUACGACGUCUCCGGGUCGAACACGCUCCCCUACGCGGCGCUCGUCGAGGACUGCUUCCCGCGCGGCGCCGGGGCCCGCGGGUACGCCGGCGCCGCGCCGCUGCCCAUGAUCUCCGCGUCCGCGCCGCCGACGCCGAGCAGCGGCAUGUCCACGUCCCGGCGCAAGAUGGCCAAGAUCAACGCGGAGAAGGCGACGAUCGAGAAGCGGCUGCGCCAGCUCCAGGAGCAGCAAAAGGCCCAGAAGGCCUAG